AUGUGGCUUAAGAAUAAUGCAUUUGGCCAGUUAUUUGUGGCUUUAUUACUGCUGCACUAUAAUGUGAUGGCAACAAGUGCAGCCAAUAUGGCUCAAUUGAAAAAUCAACAACAACAACAACAGCAGCAGCAACAACAUCAACAAACACUGGGCCAAGCAUCAACAACAUCUGCACAACAUCAGCAACAUCCACAUCAUGUGCGUUCGCAAACGCAACAUCAGCUACCACUGCAAUCUGGCUUAGCGGCACACCCAGCUAAUAGCAUUAGCAGUAGUGCCAACAGCGUUUUACAUAGCUCAGAAACGCAAGCCAUACCAUCAUCAUCUUCGCCGUCAUCCUCACCAUUAGCUCAUUUGCCUGCAGCUCAGUAUGUUGCUAAUGAUAAGGAGGCUGUAAUGCAAGAAGUAUUAAAACAUUUCAAUGCAGACAAUGAUUUGACCGAUCCCUAUCAAAUUCUCAAUGAAUUAAAAAGAGAAGCACAUGUCAACACAUACCAAGGACCCCCACCACCGCCACCACUUCUAUCAACAGUUCCCACAUUGGCAGCAUUAAGUUCAUCAUCUAUCAACAGCAUGGCCUACCCUUGGAAUUUAUAUGAAAGACCUUAUACUCCCAAUAACUUGCAACCUGCCCCAAUGGGUGGGCUAUUUUCACACAUGUUCAAUCCUUUUGAGGCCUUUCCAACACCAUUUCCGGCCACGCCACGAUUUAUGCCCAUCAUGAGUUAUCCCCAGCCGGUCUAUGUACCAUAUCCAUUUCUUAUGUCACCAGAAAUGUUUUAUCCCGGCUACUCAACUCUACCACAUUUAGCUAAUGACUAUGAAGACUCUAUGUCGCGUGGUGCUGGUUCAUCUAGACGUCCAGUGUCUGCACAACAUUCUUCAUCUUACCCACGUAAUUCUCCUAUUUAUUAUGUUCGCUUACCUCCUACACCGUAUAUGUUUUUACCCAGUCUUGGUUUAGGCAACUCUCCCGCAUCCAUGUCCGGCUAUCCAACUAUGUUACCUUAUCAGUCGUUGCCUUCUUUUCCCUCGUUUUCCUCCGUUUUCAAUGUUCCCAUAAAUUUCCUGGCCAAUGGCAAACCCAGUAAUAUCUAUCAAAUGAGUGCUCCUCCCAGUGAUAUUCAAAAUCCUUUGCAGUUUGCUAAUAUACCUUCCAGCUUCAAUACACGUCCUCCACCACCUCCUCCACCUAAUGCCUAUAGACCUGCUGCCUCCUCACACAAUUACUUUAAUACACAACCUCCUAGCUUAUCGUCAUCAUCAGGAAAUUAUGGCUCAUAUCCUGGCUCCUCAAUUUCAUCCUCAUCGCCACCAUCAUCACCGCCACCAACAACUACGUCGUCAUCUCAUCAGGAUUCAAAAUUGACAGCACUUAAACGUCCAUACUAUUUCAAUGGUCGUCCUGAAGAUAUUUAUAUUUUACCCAAUAAUUUUAAUCCUUUGUAUUCAUCAGAUAGUAGUUAUUAUUGA